AUGGUUUCUAGCAAGUGUAUAUUUUCCUUCAGAACCUUUACAUCUCUUAAUUCAUCAUGCCUGAUCAUCGCUGGACGAGAGUUGGACGCCAUUCCUACAACACCAAGCAACACAGUGCUCUGCAGUGACUGCAAGGUCUCCUUGCCAGGAAUCAAGCACAUUCGAUCCAGCAAAUACCACGCCACCAAGAAGAGAGAACGCACUGUCUCUCGUGCUUACGGAGGUUCUUGCUGUGCUUCCUGCGUCAAGGGACGUAUCAUGCGUGCCUUUUUGUUGGAAGAACAGAAGGCCGUCAAGAAGGUCCUAGCAGAGCGAGCUGGAAAGUAA